CGGUUCUAAAAAUAAAAGGGACCACGGGAAUACCGACGAAUAGUCUGUCGAGGGAUUGCAAGAGCACGCAUUUACGCACGUGUAUGAAGGGCACGCACCGGCCGGCGUCGCGCACACCCGCAUGGCACGCAGACGCGCCAAUCAAUAUCGGACUAUACCGGGUGUACACCCCGACCGUCUCUACCGUCAGUGAGCCAGUAUACUAUCAGCCACCAACCACACCUUUCCAGAACUGCUUUGCCGCCCUUCAAUCUUACCCUUUUGACGGAGGAAAAACGUGACGUCUGAACCACUGCAUCCGAGUAUCGCAAGCUAACCAACUAGCCAACUUCGUUUCAUCCCGCUUAUAUUACAAAACGUCACACACAGCACGGGUGAAGAAAUUGAAAAGAUACGAGAGAAGAUAAAAACUUAAAGAAAAUGGAAGCAAAAGGGCGAGUUGCCCUAAUAACAGGAGCUGCAUCCGGAAUCGGUAAAGCGUAUGCCACCGAACUAUUGAAUCAGGGUGCCAAGGUGGCUAUAUGUGAUAUAAAUACUGAAGAAGGAGAGAAACUGGUAGAAACAUUAUCCGAAAAAUAUGGUAAAGGUCGUGUAAUCUUUUCGCAAUGCGAUGUCACGGAUUAUCUGCAAUUCGAAGAAUCGUUUCAAACAACUAUCACGGAAUUCGGUCAUAUUGAUAUCGUUAUCAACAAUGCUGGUAUCAUGAAUGAUCGAUUUUGGGAGCUCGAAGUAGACAUUAAUCUUAAUGGAGUAAUACGCGGUACUUUGCUUGCUCAACGAUUUAUGGGCACUGAUAGGGGUGGCCAAGGUGGUGUCGUCAUCAAUACUGGCAGCAACGUUAGCAUUAACCCUUACGUCAGCGUACCAAUUUAUUCUGCAACAAAAGCGGCUCUUGUCAGCUUCACCAGAGCUUUUGGGGAUCAAUAUCAUGUAGAUUUAACUGGCGUUAAGGUAAUGGCACUUUGUCCGGGUACUACAGAUACUAAAUUGGUACGUGAUGUCAAUAGAAAACUUCUUUUGGCUCGAUAUGAGGAUGCCUGGCAAAAAGACAUAGUUUCAUCAAUUCCUCAAAGGGCGGAACACGUGGCGAAGGCGUUGAUACACGUGCUUAGCACCGGCAAGAGCGGAAGCGUGUGGAUGGUGGAGAAGGACCAACCGCCGCAUGAGAUCAGUUUUUCAAAACACUACAUUGAACACAACACGUGUUUGAUGGAGAUUCAAGGAAAAACCGUACUCAUCACCGGUGGAGCCAAUGGCAUCGGCUAUUGCACUGCUCGAGAAUUACUUCGGAGCGGAGUGAAGGCCAUUGCAAUCAUAGAUUUGCCUGAUUCAAACGGUGAAAAUACAGUUACGGAAUUGGAGAAGGAAUUCGGUGCAAAUCAUGCCAUUUUUCUUACUGGAGAUGUAGCGAAUAUUGAAGAACUGACAGCUUGUUUCAAAAAAGCAAUAGAGUCAUUCGGCACAUUAGACAUUGUUAUCAAUAAUGCUGGUAUCAUGAAUGACGCGGAUUGGGAGCCAAUGGUUGAUGUUAAUUACAAAGGGGUUGUACGUGGCACGAUAUUGGGCUUGAAUCACAUGGGAAAACAUAAGGGAGGGAAAGGUGGUACUAUCGUCAAUAUGUCCUCUAUAAUCGGCCUGCAAGGCAAUCCGAUUGCUCCGAUUUAUGCUGGGACAAGUUUUGCCAUUAUUGGAUUUACCUCAUCGUUACUGACUUUCUACGAGAAAACAGGCGUACGUGUAUUAUUAAUAUGCCCUGGUCUUACAACUACUGGCUUGGCCUCGAAGUUUAUGUCAAGCAAGAUCUAUGCGAUGGACUUACUUGACGAUGAGAUCGCUGCCAAGGAGAUGACGACAAUGGAAAGUCAAUCACCCGAGCAUGUGGCAACUGCUAUCGUGGAAUUGAUUGAAAAAGGAGGAAACGGCGCGGUCUUUGUCAGCGAAAACAAUCAACCUACUUAUGCCAUAAUGGACAACGUACAAAAUAAAACGGCGAUAGUCACGGGUGCUGGGUCCGGCAUUGGCUACUACAUUACCGAAAAUUUAUUACAUAAAGGCGCAAAGAAAGUCGCCAUCAUUGAUUUACCGUUAGAACGUUGUUAUAAUGCGACAGUGACUUUGCAAGAAAAAUUUGGAAAAGAUCGCGUCAUUUUCUUUCCAGUUGAUGUAACAAACGUGGAAGAGUAUAGUAAAACCUUCAAGAAAAUUAUCAAAGAAUUUAAUGGACUCGAUAUACUUGUUAACAAUGCUGGAAUAUGUCAUGACCGUCACAUCGAGCAAAUGUUUUCUAUUAACAUUAUAGCAUUAAUUCGCAGCUCAAUGUUAGGCAUGGAUUACAUGGGGAAACAUAAAGGUGGCAAAGGAGGUACAAUAGUAAAUAUAGCGUCUUUGGCUGGUCUUACUCCUUUCUUUUUAUGUCCAGUAUACAGUUCUUCUAAAUAUGCUGUCGUCGGAUUUGGUCUCUGUCUUGAGAAAUUUUAUGACAAAACAGGAGUUCGUAUUCUUACGAUAUGUCCUAGUUUCACAAUAACUGCAAUAAUAAUAGAGAAAGACUAUAACCUCUUAAAUAUUAUUGAUCAAGAUAUUUUUAAUAAAUUUGAGGAGCAAUUUGAGGAGCUAGCCAAAGAUUUUCAUAAUCCUCAAUCUGCGGUGCAUGUGGCACAAUCUAUAGUCAUGAUAAUUCAAAUGGGUAAAAAUGGAUCAAUUUGGCUUAUUAAGAAUAAUGAGCCACCAUGUAUGGUCAAAUUACCGCCGUUUGUUGUCUCUUAAAAUUCUU